AUGCAACUAAAAUCCUUCCGCAUCCUCGCCCUUGCCGCCGUCACGGCAGCAGCCGCUGCCGUCACCACCCCAGGUGAGACCCUCGACAAGCGCGCCCCCACAAAGGCAGAGUGCUGCUGCUGCUACGGCGGGCCCUCUGUCGGCUGCGCCGCGGACCUCAACUGCGCAGGCUACACGCCCAACAUCGGCGUCUGCCUCGAUACGCGGUGUCCGUUCAAAUAG